GAGUUAACUUCAGACAGUGGCGUUAGAGACACGUGGGUUAUGUUUAUUGAUAAUUUAUUUUUAAAGUCGUAUAUACAAUCGUAUUUCAAGUUAAUUUUAAAUCUGGGAGAUAAAAAUUUGUAUUUGAAAUUUAAUAGACCCAAUAGUUGUCGAUACGCAUGUUGUCAAUUUAAUUAGGAAGGAAUAAUGCUGAGGUACAGUCUGAAAAGGGCUGGAAAAGCAAAAUCUAAGAAAAGAGUAUCAAAUUUUUCUAAAAGACAAAAAGAGGUUUCUGAUAAUAAGCUGGUAUUGGGAGAUGAUAAUGAAAGUGAAGACCAAGAAGAAAAAGAACUAGAAAAGAAUGUACUUGGUGGAGAAAAUGAUCUAUUGGAUCAUCUUAAUAUAAUUGAUCAGGAAUUCAGACCCAAGCUGUCUUAUGAUUCUGUGGAUGAAAGAUUAACAGAAGAUGAUCAGCGAGAAAAAUCUCACAAAACUGUCUAUGAAGAAAAACAACCAGCUUGGAAUGAUGAAGAUGACAAUAUAAUCUUAAUGAACAGAAAAUCAACAAUACAGGAAAAAGUUAACAAGGGAAUAGUAACAAGUAAAUCACAAAAGUAUUCUGAGCAUCUGAAAGAAAAAUACAUGAAAAUUACAAGCCAGCCAAAAUGGGCCCAAACUAAAAAGAAGGAUAAAAAAUCAGGGUCUGAUGAUGAAAGUGAUGAAGAUAUUUUGCAAAGAACUGGAAAUUUCUUGGUUAAGUCGCAAGUUCUACCCAGUAAGACAAUACAAGUACAAAAAUGUUGCAAUCUGAAUGAUGAAGCUAGAUCACAGACUGUGGUAAAGAGUGUGGAGUUUCAUCCAAAAGCCCAGGUAGCAGUUGUAGCUGAUUUUUCUGGGACAGCGACCAUUUUUCAGGUUGAUGGAAAAUACAACUCUAAGAUUCAGUCAGUUCACUUUGACAACUUCCCUAUCCAUGAAGCACAUUUUUCAACUGAUGGUGAACAGUUGAUUACAAGUUCAAGAGAAUUUGGUCAUUUCUUUUCUUAUGAUAUGAUGAAUGGGAAGGUUGUGAGGAUUCCUUGUGAUAAAGGAAUGGACCAUAUGAGCAUAAAGAAAUUUGAGAUGUCACCAGAUGGGAAAUAUAUUGUAAUCCAUGGUCGAUGUGGUAAUAUUCAUCUUAUGACAGCAAGGACAAAGGAAUGGGUGUCAACUAUGAAAAUGAAUGGAGAGGUUUAUGCUGUUAGCUUUAAUCGAGAUGGAUCCAAAAUGUAUACUCAUGGAGAUUUAGGUCAAGUAUACGUCUGGGACAUGAAUUCAAGAUUGUGUGUCCAUAGAUUCUACGAUGAGGGUUGUGUAAAAGGAUCUUCACUCACUGUCUCUCCAAAUCAGCAGUACUUGGCAGCAGGGUCUGACACUGGUGUGGUAAAUAUUUAUGAAACUUCAAACUUAGAAAACUGUCAGAACCCCAAACCUACAAAAACUUUGUUCAAUUUAACUACUCAAGUUACGAAUCUGAAAUUUAACUGCACUUCUGAACUUUUGGCCAUGUCAUCAUUUAUGAAAAAUAAUGCUGUCAAACUGGUUCAUUUUCCUACUAUGACAGUCUUUUCUAAUUUCCCUUUAUUCCAUCAUAAUUUCAAUCGAGUAAACAGUCUUGAUAUUUCCCUGAAUAGUGGUUACAUGUGUUUUGGCAAUAACACAGGAACUGCAUUCUUAUUCAGACUGAAACACUAUUCAAACUACUGAAGUUUUUGAACAUCUUUAAAACAAGACUUAUAAAGAACUUCAUUAACUGUUGGAUUAGUUUGUUGUGAACUAUCAGGUGUCAAUGCAAACUCAAAAUAUCCCAAAGCUAUGUAAAAAAACUUGUGUUUGAAUAAAAUUAUUUCCAUUUUAUAA